AUGAGCGGAAUCAUCAACAAGGUCAAAGACGCCCUCAGCGGUGAUCAUCACGAUAGCUCUACUACUACCACCGGCAACCACGCAACACACAGCACCAAUGCCGGCCCCCACAGCUCAAAUGUGGCCAACAAGGCUGAUCCCCGCGUAGAUUCAGACCGCGAUCACCGUGGAACCACCACCGGUGGAUAUGGAUCUUCAACCAACACCGGAUACGGUUCUACAGCUACUGGUUCAACAAACCAGGGUCCUCACAACUCCAACCUGAUGAACAAGGCAGAUCCUCGUGUGGAUUCUGACCGUGACCACCGCGGCACAACCCACACUGGUGCCACUGGUGUUGGCGGUUUUGGCUCUUCUCAUACUGCCGGAUCCACAAACUAUGGUCCUCAUAACUCCAACGCGGCAAACAAGCUCGACCCCACAGUUGACUCUGACCGUGACAACCGUGGUGCUCACAACACCCACAACACUCUUGGUACUACAACUGGCGGGUACGGAGCUCACGGGCACACUGGGUCAACCAACUACGGUCCUCAUGACUCCAACGUGGCAAACAAGCUCGACCCUAGAGUUGAUUCGGACCGUGAUAACCGUGGUGCCCACGGAAUGACCGGCACUGGAAUUGGCGGAACCACUUACGGUUCACACAACACCGGCCCCCACAACGCUCCCGUUUUGAACAAGGCCGACCCUCGUGUUGACUCUGACCGCGAUCACCGUGGUGCCGGAGCUGGAGUUCUCGGAGCUGGUACUGGCGCCGGCGGAUACGGUUCCAGCCACACUGCCGGAUCCACCAACUAUGGCCCUCACGAUUCAAACAUGGCCAACAAGCUCGACCCCAGAGUUGACUCAGACCGCGACAACCGUGGUGCUUACAACACUCACAACACCCAUGGCACUACCACUGGUGGUUACGGAUCCCACGCAACUACUGGAUCAACCAACUAUGGACCUCACGACUCCAACGUGGCAAACAAGAUCGACCCCAGAGUUGAUUCUGACAGAGACAACCGUGGUGCCCACGCUACCACCGGAAACCAUGGUACGACCACCGGCCUUGGAGGAUAUGGUACUACCCAUACCGCUGGCUCAACCAACCAUGGACCUCAUGACUCGAACUUGAUGAACAAGGCCGACCCUCGAUUCGACUCUGACCGUGAUCAUCGUGCUGCUCACGGUGCCUCUGGGCUUCACGGGCUCGGUACCCACAAUGUCCACAGCACCGGACCCGCACCAAACACUGCUGGACCCCACAAGAGCGAUAUGAUGAACAAACUUGACCCCCGCGUCGACUCCGACCUCGACGGAAGCAAGACCAUGGGUCAGGACAAGACCUACUCCAGUGGAACCACCGGAAACACUCAUUCUAGUUCUCUUGCUGGAAAAGACAGAACAGAUGCGGCGCAGGUUCCGCCGAGCGCAUUUAAGCAGACUGGUGCUGGAGGAGAUAUGACCCACAUGAAUGUCUAA